AUUUCAUGAAGAACCGUAAUUAAUUUCUGCAUCAUCUACCUGAAACGUUAUCUUACUGUCCUCCUAUAAACCAAUAUAAAAACCCAAGCACAGAGAUAGAAUCUCAUUCCACUCUUCUCUCUCUCUCACUCUCACUCUCACACACACAGUCUUGAAUAGUUUAGCCAACCCAAAGUAUACCAACAUCGCAGCCACCAGAGAUAUGGGAGAUCAUGAGGUGAUGAUGCCACACCACGGUACCACCGUAUCUUCUUCUCUGACAGAAGCGUGGGACACCACAGGCUUCACGCAUCCCCACCGCAAAAUGAUGAUGCACAUGACCUUCUUUUGGGGCCAUAAAACAGAAGUUCUUUUCAAAGGUUGGCCUGGUUCAAGCACUGGGAUGUAUGCUGUGGCCUUGACCUUUGUCUUUGCUCUUGCAGUCCUUGUGGAGGUGUUCAGUCUUUUCAGUGUCAUCAAGCCAGGAACUAACAAGGCUGCUGCAGGCUUCUUUCAAACUGGAAUGUAUGCAGUGCGUUCUGGGCUGUCUUACAUGGUAAUGCUCGCUGUGAUGUCGUUUAAUGGAGGUGUCUUUCUUGCGGCAGUGGGCGGCCAUGCAGUUGGCUUCGCUCUUUUUGGGAGUCGGGCUAAGAAGUCUGGUGGCUCUUGAUAUGGGUCUGAAAAAGGUCCGGAUCUUCCUCCUUCGAAAUGUUGAAUUGACCUGAGUGAUAUUGUGUGAUUGGUGAGCAUAACGUUUUAGAGCUGACCGACGUUAAUGGUGCUGAUUUGUGUGAAUAACACGGAAAUAAUGUAAGAUAGAGAGCCCGAGUCUCUACUUCAUCGAUCGUGCGUGAUUCAAGAUUAAUUUUAAUGAUUUGUGCAUGGCUUUGUAAUUAUACUUUGUAGAGCAUGUUUGAUUAUAAGUUUAACAUUCUCAAUUUUAUAUAUUUAGUUUAAGAGUCUAA